AUGGUGGGUGAGGAAUGGCGCGAGUACCACAAGCGAUUAGCGUCAUUGAACGAUUUGCGUAUUUCACGUUGUGUGAUUAUACCAGGAGCGAAGGCGAUUGAAAUUCAUUGCUUCUGCGAUGCGACAGAGAAGGCUUAUGAUGCCUGCAUGUACAUCCGCAGCACGGAUAGCCAGGGAAAAACGUCGGUGUGUCUAUUCACGGCUAAAUCUAAGGUGGCGCCUUUAAGAGUACAAUCUUUGCCACGCUUAGAGCUCUGUGGUGCUUCACUUGCAGCUCAAAUGUACGAGAAGGCAGCAGAGGCAUUUAAUGGAUCCUACAGGGCUUAUUUCUGGACCGACUCAACCUGUGUGCUGAGCCGGAUAAACGCUAUUUCCACUACUUGGACUACAUUUGUAGCGAAUAAGGUCGCAAAAAUACAACGCAUUACAGAAAACCAAACAUGGAACCAUGUGCCAGGUAGUUGCAACCCAGCAGACCUAAUAUCCCGCGGAAUACAACCGGAUACGAUUCAGUCAAAUAAGCUGUGGUGGGAAGGUCCGGGUUGGCUGAAGGAAGGGGUGGAAUCGUGGCUUUUUCAAGAUCCAACGGUUAAGGUGACAGACGUACCAGAAAAGCGACGCAGCACAGUGGCGUGCACGACUGUAGAGGAGAAAUCAUUUAGUGUUUGGUUCAUUUCAAAAUUUUCAUCGUACACAACAAUGAUCAGGAGCGCGGCUUAUUGGAGGCGGUUGUUAGUUGCAUUACACUCUAAGGAGAAAGUGGAGAAUGAGUUUUUAUCGACGGAGGAGUUGAAGCAAGCUGAGUUGGUCAUAGUUAGGCAUGUUCACUAG